AUGAAUGAUAGAAAAGACUUGCUGCAAGUAAAAAUGAGCGCCGAAAGCCUGACAUCUUACAACGAGAAGAGCCACUUAAAAUUCACUCAAGAUAAUAAUGAUUAUGAAAAUGACGAAGAGCGUGAAGCUAAAAAUAAUUGCUUGACCAAAACAGAUUCUUCGGGACCAUUGAGCCCAAUAUCUGGUGUAACACAAAUUGAUAAUCCACCGUCAUCUACAAGUCCAAUUUUCAGAUCUCCUAUGCCUAUAAUUUCAUUUUCUCCCACAGAUAAAUCAUUGCUGUUAAGGAGAUUCAAAGAGCGAAAGACAUUAGAAGAAUUGGUUGAUAGUGAGCAAACUUAUGUUGCAUCGAUGACAAUGCUACUUAAUUUUUAUAUUGAGCCACUUCAUAUAACUUAUGAGUCCGAAGUUGCUCAACCUUUCAAGUUCUUUGAGCUUUACAUCACUCAAUUGGUUGCAAUUCAUUCUAAAUUGUUACGAGAUAUGAGAAGCAAGUUAGCGGGUGGUAAAAUUAUCGACGAUGUCACAGUGGAAUUAGCACAGCUUGUAGCUAGCACAGGAGUGAAUACUUACUUAUAUGAGGAAUACUGUAAUAUAUAUGAAGAUGUCCUCAAUUUCGUGAAAGGCAAUAAUCUUAAUCAAAAUAUGUUAAAUUUGAAUAACCAUUGGAUAAAAGCUUGGGAGCAUUAUUUGGAUGCAACGCAAACUAGUACUAUUCGUAUGGAUUUGUCUUUCAUAUCAUUAGCUCAAAGGCCCAUAUCUAGAAUAGGGAAGUAUAGGUUGAUAGUAGAGGCAAUGUUAAAGCACGCAGCCAAAAGCAAGCAUGAAGAAUUAAAUAGCUGUUUGAGUAGCCUUAAAGCCAAACUUUCCACAAUAAACGACAAAUCUCAAAAAUCAAAGGAAAGUGAUAUUAGUGUUAAAAUAAACGAAAUGCUUAUUUUUGAUGACAUUCAAUACCAAUUCGGACUUUGCCUGCAAUUUUUUGGUAAGCCGCUUCUUAUCGGUUCCCUAGUUGGAAUUUGGGUGGAAAGCAAGCAUCAGAAAUCAACAACAUUUGGCUGCUUCUUGUUUAAGAGCCAUUUUGUUUUAUGUGAUAUGAAUGAAAAAAAAUUUAAGAAGUUUAUUGUCAAGUUUAUAAUUCCUUUAGCAAGUUGCAAAAUUUUGAAAAAUAGCGAGGAAAUAAUGGACGGUUUACAAUCAAGCUUUCCCUACUUGUUCAAAAUUAUAUUUGAACAUAAAAUGUGCCAUUAUGAAAUACUAUUACUAGCUAUAACGAGAGCAGAGCAAGAUAUAUGGUAUGAUUCGUUAAAUGUUCUCAUUAAUUUCGUUAAUGGUCCCUAUGAGUUGGACUUCUCAAAGAAUGAUUCACAACAACUAAUUACUUAUCCAAGUUUUAUGUCGCCAUAUGAUGCUCACUCAUCAAUUUCUCAAGAGGUAAGAAUCUCUUGCUAUUAUAGGCAUCAUAUUGCUAUUUAUGUCCUGGUGAAUUUCUAUAAUCAAAGGUUGAAGGAUUUAAACCAUAAAAACUCCUCCACUUGUACCAAUUUACCUUAUCGGUCGCAAGCAAAUAAUUCAGAAAUUUUGGUAAUACUAAAGAAAAAUGAAAGAAUUUUCGCAGAAUUUGAAUUACUUGAAGUUUGGAGCAAGGAAGUUCCCUUAAUCUUCCAUGAGAUUGGAAAAGCACCUCACAGAAAGCCAUCCCUUAGAAAAAGUGCAAGUUGGACUACAAUCAGAAUGGGAACUCUCAAGUCUUUGAGAUAUUCGAAUAGUUUCAAUGAAGUACUCAACAAUAGUGAUCGAAUCUUUAAUAACGGUUCAGAUAUUGUGAUUAAGGCCACCCACGAAAAAUUAAAACCCACAAGUACUUUCAAUGAGAGAAAAUUAUUGCAAAAAUCUAUCACUUUACCAGACUUAAGGAGAAUUAAUAUCGAGGACGCCGACAAAAUCGAGUCCCAUGAGGAACAUUUUAAAAUACAUCGUUCUAGGUCGAACAGAGUAAAAAGUGCUCUUUUUGGCUUUUUCCACCCCGCUGAAGCACAAGUAAGAGAAAGUGUUGCGAAAUAA